UGUGGUGGAGCUAACAGGAAGGGAGUUGCACCGUUGUCCGGUAUAGGGACUGUUUAGCUUUAGGGGUAAGGCUGUGAACCCAACCUGUGUGGUAGGAGACAGACAGGCGUUCAGCAGGAACUGUGCAACACUCGCAACGACUGACCGCCACCUAGCAACAGCCAAACCCAUGGCGACGAACCAGGACUCGAACACGUUCUUCGGAACGUGGGAGAUUGUAGAGUCGUUUCUGGACGGGACAACCGAAACGUUGGGCCUGAAUGGGGUCAAGUUCCGGCUGGAUGAGAUGGGCGAUAUUAUCUGGUACAAUGACCUGGUGAGUCCAGCGAGCAACCGCGGGACCGGCCACCGGCACCCGGCACCGGCGGUCGGUGCCCAGGCCCAGGGACACUGUCCGGUCAGCAACUCGACCGCGGUCCUGUUCAGCUGCGAAACGUUCGAAGUGGUGCAGCUGGCGUCGAACGGGCCGUGCCUGAUCUUCGGCGCGUACACCGGCCACAGCAUCGAGUUCCGGACCAAUAGCUACAACCCGCGCGAGCGGAUGUCGCUCCGGUGCGACGGAUGGUGCCAGCUGCACUGCCGGCGCGUCAAGAACGACCAGUCCGUCGGCCAGGAGGAACCGUUCACGCUCCUGUCCGUGCUGGACGACGGCAAUUUCUGUGAUGUGACCCUCACGAGCAGCGACAGUGUGACCUGCCACGUCCACUCGCCGAUACUGCGCUUGAACGGGUUCGACUGUAGCAGCGGCAUGACGACGACUUCGCCGUGCUCGCAGCAGCCGUUCCCUGCCGCCCCGCACGCCCGUUCGGAGGAGGAUCCGACGGUGACCGGCUACAGCUGGCUGUCCGCUGCGCGGUGCAGUACACCGCGCGUCAUUGUGCCGGGUGACGGCUCGUUGCCGGGGCCCGGACGCUGGACACAGUCCAGUACCACUGACACCCUCGCCGCCGCCACCGCCACCGCCGUCGUCAGUCCUUCCGCACUCAAUCCAAACUUCCUGCUACCGCCCGACGUCACGCUGGACUCGGUGAAUGGUAGUUUGGCGAAGCAGGUGUCGAACUCGUCCCACUCUCUCACCGAGAGUGGCACCGCCGUCCGGGCGGAGGGUUUGAGCUUGGAGGGUUUGUUCUCGCUCGACCGGCCGAAGCGGGCCGCCUCCUGCUCGGACUCACACCUGAACGCCAACCGGCAGAACGUUUUCUACUUUCCGGACGCGGUGACACUCCGGUCGGGGGGCGUCACGAAGAUCAGGACGACGCCGGCAUCCCCAUUCAAGGCGCCGCACAGCCCGUCACCGUUUCCGGCCGCGCUGGACACACCACCGUCCUCGCCACUGACGCCCCUGUCGGUGCUGCAGAACAUCCCGGCCGACCUGCUGUCCACCGUGCUGCACUGGCUGUACUGCGAGUGCCUGCCGGAUCGGCUGGACGAGGACGCCUGCCGCCAGCUCAUCGACCUCUGUGACCGUACCGCGCCACUCGCCCGGAUGGGUGAACCGUGCCGGAACUACCUGCGCAACAUCCAGCUGAAGAAGUUCGUCAUCGACAUCAUCAACGAUUUGCACGACAGUCUCAACCAUCUGGUGCAGCUGAUGAACCCGGGCAGCAUCUCGCGCAGCCCGUGCGUCCUGUGCCAGGUGUUCAAGGAGGGCGUCAAAGAGACGCUGACUGCGAUCGUGAAGUUACUGCAGUUUUGCAACAUCUUCACCAAGGACGCGACCAGCUUCACGCGCUAUCAGCGCCACGAGAUCAUCAAGUACGUGCGCACCCGGAUGCCGGUCUACCUGUCGCAGGUUCACCAGCUGCUGCAAAACGUCAACCUGGUGCUCGGGAGCCUCACGCCGGACGACCGGAACGACCUGGUGUCGUACCUGGUGCCGGAGAUAACGGCCGCCCUCGAGCUGCUGACGGCCGCGGUGACCGAGGUGAAACUCUCUCUCGAGAAGGUGUGCAAGGAUCUAAAGGGCACACAGCAGCAGCAGCAGCAGCAGCAGCAGCAGCAGCAGCAGCAGCUGGAGUAUGCUAUACAACCGGGUCGACUGGCACCGGGCCGGGUCAGCCCAGCUCGAGGGUCGGCCGACCGGCUGGGGACCCGGGUGCGGGCGCACUGGACCACGGCGGCGGCAGCGACGGCGACGGGGACGGCCGCCGCCACGGACGCGGCCGGCCAGUCGGCGGACCUCCGCUUCUUUCUCUACAUGUACGAAGUUAAGAAGAUGCGCGACAUUUACGGGCGUGUCACGAGUGCCCUGGAGAUGCUGCUGCGCAAGAAGAGCACCUUCAACGAGAUGCACCUUUUGCACCAGCACCAAACGGUGCGCCACAACCUGGAGCAGCUGGUCGUGGAGGUGCCGGCAGCGAUCGGUCAACUGGAGGAGCUGUGCGACACGAUCGACGAGAAGAUCGGCUGGAAGGAGUUCAAGUUUUGCUUCAAGUUUCUCACCAGUCAAGUGAAUGGCAUUGUCUCGAAGCUGCUGGAACACAAGGCUGCUCUGAAUGACGCGAUGCUCUAUAUAUCCACGCUGGUGCAGAAGAAGCAGUUCACCUACGCCCUGAUGGAGCUCGGGCUGCUGGACAAACGCAGCGUCGAUCCAGGGCAGGUGCAGGAGUGCACCCAAAAGCGAAGUGCGGUCCGAUCGAGCGCUCAACGCCGGUUCGAGUACUCCAGCGUCAAGGUCAAUCUGGUCAAGAGCCUGUGUGAACCGCCAACAGCGGCCCACAGCACCCUAGCGAAGAACGCGCUCAGACUGCUGCAUUCGGGGCAGCUCACCGAUAUGGAGUUCGAGGUGGUGGUCCCAAAGGCGGACCACGAGCCCGAGAACGUGGUCACCACCGGUAGCUUUGACUACGGUCCGGACGGCCCGAACGGACCGGUACCGAUGGUGUGGGCUACGAACAGCGCGCUGAAGGUGGGCACCUCGAAGGGCACCCAAUCGCACUGCUUCAAGGCGCACCGUGUGAUAGUGGCGGCCCGGUGCGAGUGGUUCAAGAAGGCCCUCCUCUCCGGCAUGCAGGAGGACAUCAAUCGCAAAAUCGUCAUCUACGACACCUCGGUUGUGAUAUUCCGACGUUUACUCCUCUACCUGUAUGGCGCCCCGGUGGACAAGUCCGUCGGCGUGGAGCAGCUCUGCGAGCUGAUGCUGCUGGCCGACCGAUACUCGGUGGACAGCCUGAAGGCGAUCUGCGAGGAAACGCUCGUCGCGUCCAUUGACGCCGAGUCCGUCAUCUAUCUGUACGGCAUCUCCGAGCGCUUCAAUGCGUCCGCGCUUCAGGCCAGCUGCCUGUCCUUCCUGUCGCAGCACACGGAGCUUACGCAGCUGGACAUUUUCCAGCAGCUGCCAGCGAAUCUGCAGAACGAGGUCCAGGACCUGAUCCGGUGGUGUGGCCGCGUACCGGAACCGUGGUACGACUGUGCCGAACGCUCGCGCUCUGACCCGCGCUCUCGCCACAGCCUUCGGAGCCCAUCGAAGACCUCCAGAUCGUCCCACUCGCGGAAACAUUCUCCCUCGUUCAUGUGACCCUGAGCCGAAACCAGGCGCACCCCCCGGUAUCGCAAUGGAGCAGCAGAACCGUCGGACAUGGAGUAGCGCCUUCCCGCGCCCUAGGCGUAAUGGUCGGUGCGGGAGUCUAGCGUAGUGUGCCCUGAUGGCAAAAGUAGUGCGAGACAAAACUGACAACAAAUGUAAGAGGAGGCAAUUGUUAUAAAUUCAAACAUUUAGACGUCGGGUGCAGACGAUAAUGCCGGGGACGGGUGACGGGUUGACGGACCCGCAAUGCCUGUAUUUUGCCUGUCCGGUCCAAGCAAUGAAAGUGAAACAUGUGCUAUGCACACACCGCAGCAAGAGAAUGGGUGCAGGGCGAAAGAAGCCAGUGGGA